AUGGUCGAGUAUACAAUGAUACUAGUUCUUGUUCUAAGUAUUCUGACAUGGAUCUCAACAAAUAAUUACUACAAUUACACGUAUUCAAAACCUCAGGAUUGUCAAGAUGUUCAAAAUUACGGGCACAGUGAAAAUGGUGUUUACACAAUAUACCCGGAAGGAACUUUGGGAUUUCCCGUCAGGUGUGAUUUUAAUGAUUCUACUUCCGGUGCAUGGACUGUGAUACAACGUCGUUCAGCUAGUGACUUCUACAAAAGCUGGAAUGAAUAUCAGGUUGGAUUUGGAGAUCUUAACGACAAUUUCUGGCUUUGA